GACGUCAAGUCAAGCUUCAAAAAAGUUGACAAGAGCAACGAUUGAUGCCAAAGACGCCACGAUGAGUGUUCCACGAGCGCGUAUAUUGGACUUGGUAAAGGCUCAAUGCCAGGUCUUCGCGACCUCAUACAACCCCGAAGGCGUACGCAUGGGCAACAAGGUCCUACGACAGCGAUUAAGAGGACCGGCCAUGGCGGCUUACUAUCCUCGAAAGACAGCGACGAUCAAGGAUUUAAAGCGAGAGUUUGGACCGACACUGGCGACCUGGGAUGAGGGUGAGGAGGAUCGCUUCGAGUACAUUGAAGAGCUCAAACUCCGAGGAAAGAGUGCACCCAAGAAGAAGAAGGGACCUCCAGCUCCCACCCACAAGAAGCGAUAAAUCAAACAAUAAUGACAACGAUAUUUCCAAUGUUGGCCCUGGCGGCAAAAAGACCUCUUACCAUGGAUCAUAAGUGUUGAACGAUGUGACAAUCCAUACGCCAAUUGUACGACAUAUAAAGUUUGGUCGAGGGAUAAAGGUGGCCGGAAGAGCAAUAGAUCCCCAAGUGGCCAUGUAUCGCAGUAUGUAUAAUUAUUUGUAUCAGCACCCAUUACAUCAAACAUAUUUCGAAAUUUCUGCCCUUUGUGCUAUGCCUCUCGAUGAUCAGUCUAGUGGGCUGUUCGACUAUAGUUAUCCAACAAAUUCGAAGGCCUUUCGUAUGACUCCUGAAUAACCCAACAGUGACGCCUCGGCCAAAGAACAAAUUAUUUGCUCUGAAGCAACAAAUGCAUUUGCAAACACACACCAGC